UGGGGACCAGGGCCGCGCCCGCCCCGCCCCGCUCUGCUGCUGACGUCGCCUCCGCCCCACGCCUCGGCCACGCUAUAAAGGGGCUCUGGAUAGCGAUCCAUCUAUCGAUCGCCCCAAUCGCCCUGUCCCCUGGCUGCGCCGAGUCCCCGCCAGCUCUUGCCCCUUCCCGCACCCUUCACCCGGCACCCCAGCCCCCGGAACACCUCCCACCGUGCGCCCCACAUCCCUGCUCCCGCGCACUCGGGCACCCAACCCACGCGCACCCCACAGCUCCCCCGCCCUUUCUGUUACUGGAGAACACAGAAGGGCUUGGAGCUGCUGGGCAGAAGCAGGACGCCAGCCACCGCCUCGCCUCCCGGGAGCAGUGUCCUCUUUCCCCAGGGCGGGUCUGGCUCCUGGCGCCCUGCAGCUGGCCGCCUCUGCUGCAUUCCUCCGCCCUCCCGCGUCCACAGGCUGGGGCCACUAUGGCCUUCCACGUGGAGGGGCUGGUCGCCAUCGUGGUGUUCUACCUGCUCAUCCUGCUGGUGGGCAUUUGGGCCGCCUGGAGAACCAAGAACAGUGGCAGCGCUGAGGAGCGCAGCGAGGCCAUCAUCGUGGGCGGCCGGGACAUCGGGCUACUGGUGGGUGGCUUCACCAUGACAGCCACCUGGGUCGGAGGAGGGUACAUCAACGGGACGGCGGAAGCAGUGUACGUGCCAGACCACGGCCUGGCCUGGGCCCAGGCUCCCAUUGGAUAUGCUCUCAGUCUGGUGGUGGGUGGUCUGUUCUUUGCCAAACCCAUGCGCUCCAAGGGCUACGUGACCAUGUUGGACCCAUUUCAGCAGAUAUAUGGGAAGCGCAUGGGUGGCCUCCUCUUCAUCCCCGCGCUCAUGGGAGAGAUGUUCUGGGCUGCAGCAAUUUUCUCUGCCUUAGGUGCCACCAUCAGUGUGAUCAUCGAUGUGGACAUGCACGUGUCUGUCAUCGUGUCUGCGCUCAUCGCCACCCUGUACACGCUGGUGGGCGGCCUCUACUCAGUGGCCUACACAGAUGUCGUCCAGCUCUUCUGCAUCUUCCUAGGACUGUGGAUCAGCGUCCCCUUCGCCCUGUCUCAUCCUGCGGUGGCCGAUAUCGGGUUCACAGCAGUGCACGCCAAGUUCCAGGACCCCUGGUUGGGAACCAUUGAGCCCUUCGAGGUCUACACCUGGCUGGACAACUUUCUGCUGCUGACGCUGGGCGGAAUCCCGUGGCAGGCCUACUUCCAGAGGGUGCUGUCCUCGUCCUCAGCUACCUAUGCCCAAGUGCUGUCCUUCCUGGCAGCCUUUGGGUGCCUGGUGAUGGCUCUCCCAGCUGUGCUCAUCGGGGCCAUCGGAGCCUCCACAAACUGGAACCAGACCUCAUUCGGCCCGGACAACCCCAAGGACAAGGGCGAGGCAGACAUGAUCCUCCCGAUCGUGCUGCAGCACCUCUGUCCCGUGUACGUGUCCUUCUUCGGCCUGGGCGCGGUGUCCGCUGCUGUCAUGUCCUCGGCCGACUCAUCUAUCCUGUCGGCCAGCUCCAUGUUCGCACGCAACAUCUACCAGCUCUCCUUCCGGCAAAAUGCAUCAGACAAAGAAAUUGUCUGGGUCAUGCGAAUCAUGGUGUUUGUGUUUGGAGCCUCUGCCACGGCCAUGGCGCUGCUGACCAAGACAGUGUACGGGCUCUGGUACCUCAGCUCUGACCUGGUCUACAUCAUCAUCUUCCCACAGCUCCUGUGUGUGCUGUUCAUCAAGGGGACCAACACAUAUGGGGCGGUAGCAGGCUACGUGGCUGGGGUUUUCCUGAGAGUAACAGGAGGGGAGCCCUAUCUGUACCUGCAACCUGUGAUCUUCUACCCGGGGUACUACAUGGACAAUGGUGUCUACAACCAGAGGUUCCCAUUCAAGACCCUCGCCAUGGUGACUUCCUUCCUAGUCAACAUUUGCAUCUCCUAUCUGGCCAAAUACCUGUUUGAAAGUGGAACCUUGCCACCAAAACUGGAUGUGUUUGAUGCUGUUGUUGCAAGGCACAGUGAAGAAAACAUGGAUAAGACAAUUCUGGUCAGAAAUGAAAAUAUUAAAUUAAAUGAACUCGCACCAGUGAAACCUCGCCAGAGCCUAACUCUGAGCUCAACAUUCACCAAUAAAGAGGCUCUCCUCAAUGUCGACUCCAGCCCAGAAGGGUCAGGAAUUGAGGACAACUUACAAUGAUCCUUCCCACUACUGCUUUCCCCAACAGAGCACGGUAGGAAAGUAGCCCUGGAAAGAUGGUUUGUGACAUAUAAAAUACAUAUUAAAAUAUAAAUAGAGUUCAAGAGGACAAUAAUCCUGCAGAGAGUAAAAAAUCAAUUCUAAAGAAAAAGUUCAAGAAAAACAACAUGCAAUCACACAAAUUCAUGCCAAGCUAGGAGCAACACCUGUGAAGCAACAACUUUAUUUCUCAUCUGUAGAAGCUUCAGUUUUGAUGAUGGAUAGUUGUAUUAGGUAAAAAAGUGAAUAAAUCCCCAAUCAAAGAACACAUGACUAAGCAGAGAAUUUAUUUUUAUCUUGAAAAAAGGAAAUACACAAGAAAGAGCCUAAGAAAGAAGAAAUCAGCCAGGCUAUUUGCACAUCAUUGGCUACAUCACUGGCAAAAUAGACUGACUGCAUAUCCAGAGGCUGUCACUCCAGGGAAUGGUGUGAUAAAUGAACCACUGAUUUUUCCUACUGUGAUGGUUGUCCCCUUCCUGCAUAGUCUGAACUGUAACAUUUGCUGAAUAUGCAACCUGGUGUUCUGUUCUGUUUUGUGUUUUUGGACAUGGGCUCAAACCCAGGGCCUUCACGUGCUAGGCAAGCACUCUACUGUUGUGCUACCUCCCAGCCUUGUAAUCUGUUACUCUGUUAGUAAUAGCAUAAACUAUUCUCGGCACAGGCAAAUUGAAUGCAUAAAAAUGAAUGAAGAAUGGCACUAUUUGUGCACAAAGUUUUAAGAAAAUAGAGUCUGUUUGGCCUUUGCGUAUGUCCAUGACACAUAGAUCAAGGCAGCUGGAGUGCCAGGAGAUGAUUUGACAGCAAUAAAUCAAGGACAUCAAACACAAGUGAUAGAAGAGUAGACUCUUAUCUUUAGCUGAAGGGUAUGAAGUUUUGCCACAGGCUACAAAAAGGAGCGCCUUGGAUACCAUCUAAGUCAGUAUUGGAAGCAAAUUGAGCCAUAGGUAAAAAGAGGUAGCUAUAUGCACCAAUUCUGCUUGAUAAAAAAGAAACUGGUAAAUUAACAUGAAUUUUGCUGAACACUUAUUACUGGCACUUCCAAAAGCACCCCUUGUAGUAAAACAGACACAUGAACCCUGUGCAUUUCUGGGCAUUUAUUUGUGAGACAACUUGGUGUUGAAGGAUCCACCCUAUGACAUUUUUCAUACAAACCAGUUUCAGGGAAUGGAAAAAUCACAACCACAGAAAGCAUAUGGGGAAUUUCAAAAUGGGGCAGAAAAUAGAAAGCAAAAAUAAGUCUUAAAGGGAAAGAAGCCAUCGAUUUUAAUAUUGUGGUAUGUACAUAGCUUUCAUGAAGUCACUAAGUAUUAUGUUUCUCUUUUCUAGCAUUAAAAUGGGAACACACACACACGUGCAAUAUACAUCGGCGUGGUUUGCUUGGUGUAUGGUAUAGUGUUCAGUGCUUCCGCCAGACGUGCAGUUAGAAAGAACAGCUUAGGGCUGGGGAUUUAGCUCAGCUGCAUAAGCACCUGCCUUGCAAGCAGGUGGUCGUGAGUUCGGUCCCCAGUACCAGAAAAAAGGGGGAAAAAAAGAGUAAAAGAACAGCCUGGAACCAGACUGGAAACAGAGCCCGCUGCUGAGCUGUGAAGGUGUCAGGGCUGGGAUCCCAGGACAGGAGCCAGCUGCAUUGCAGGAAUGGCAGCACUUUCUUUAAAAACGUUUCUCUCUGCAAUUUGCAACCAAAA